AUGGCAGGAAGCAAUUGCACCCAAGUGCCUGAGUUCAGCUUGACGGGGUUCACCAACAUCCCGGUGAACCAGGUCACCCUCUUCCUGGUGAUCCUGCUCACCUACCUUGCCACCAUCCUGGGGAACCUUGGGAUGAUCGCCUUGAUCAGGGCCAGCCCCCCACUCCACUCCCCCAUGUAUUAUUUCCUGGGUAACUUGGCUAUCGUCAACCUCUGCUCUUCCACUGUCAUCACCCCCAAGGUGUUGAUUGACUUUCUGGUGGAGAAGAAGGACAUCACCUAUGCUGGGUGUGUGGCACAGGUGUUCGCUUUUGACCUUUUUGGGAUGACUGAGUACUGCCUGCUGGCUACGAUGGCGUAUGACCGAUAUGUGGCUGUUUGUCACCCCUUGCUCUAUCCCCUUGUCAUGUCCCCAGUGCGCUGCUGCCAGCUGGUGACCGGGUCCUACCUCCUAGGGUUGACCAAUGGUGUGGGACAGACUAUUGGCAUGUUCAAUUUAUCUUUCUGCAGCUCCAGUGUCAUUGACCUGUUCUUUUGUGACAUUUCCCUGCUAAUAUCACUCUCCACCUCUGACACGACCCUCAGCCACCUCAUUCUGAAGACUUCAGCAUCUGUAUUUGGUGUGCCUAGCAUCCUGGUGGUCCUGGUGUCCUAUGUGGCCAUCAUCUCCACCAUCCUGAGCAUCAGCUCAGCCAAGGGCAAGCGCAAAGCCUUCUCCACCUGCACCUCCCACCUCACCACCAUCAGCAUCUUCUAUGGGUCAUCAGUUUUCAUGUAUUUAAACCCCAGCCCAGACAGCCUGAGGGGAGGAGGUAAAUGGGCCGCAGUGCUCUUCACCAUGGUGACCCCCAUGCUGAACCUCUUGAUCUACAGCCUGAGGAAUGAGGAAGUGAAGGAGGCUUUGAGGAGACUCAGGAAAACAAAAUGA